AUGUCUGCACAGUUAGACCAAGCACUUGUCCAAGCCUACUCACGAAUAGUCACGAGUUACUAUAUCGCCGUAGCUUCCUCGUGCCUCGCCGUCUACGAAUUUCUGAUCACUUUCAGUAACGAGAUUGAGAUUGUUUGGAGGAGGCCUAUCACUGUACGCGCCGUGCUCCUUGGCUCGGUACGAUGGUGUAUGCUCCUCGCGACGGUCACGAACCUUGCGCCUGCGAAUUCUGUGACAAUGCUUACUACAGGACUGUACGGCGCUUCAGACCCUGUACUGGGUAUUCGCCCUCAUGCAAUUUCUCCACGCCGCACCAUGGUGCCAUUUGCGACGAAUAUGUACAAUGCGGUAAUGACAAAGUACGGGCUCGAUGUUGAUCCGCUCUUUGGAACAAUGUGCAUCGAUGGGUCUCGGCUGUCUGCACAAACAUAUAACAUAAUAAUAAUUUUGCAAUAUAGACUCUUUUAUAUCACACGUGGCUCCCUCAUCCUCGCUGACGCUAUUGUGCUCAUCCUAACGUGGAUUAAGACGUUCAGACACUGGAUGAAUGCCCGCCGUCUCACGAUGAAGACGUCGCUGACGACAUGUUUGCUGCGCGAUGGAACCGUGUAUUUUGUAGCUCUGCUAGCUCUUAAUAUGACACAGCUGCUGACACUUAACUUCUCCGAUACGGAGAUGGGAUUACUAAGCACGCUGAUAACAACCAUGCCCCCGAUACUCAUCAGCCGCUUCAUCAUCAACCUCCGGACGGCCGGCUCGACAAUGUCGGACCACCCUAUGCACAUGAGCGGCCAACAGCAAGGACAGUCAGCACCGCAAUUCAGAAUGCCAGCGGGUCGGUUGGGGGAUAUGGGGGGAACACUACGAGAUGGCUGGGGCGACGAACUUUGUGAUGAAGAGAGUGGUGUCGCAGAAGCGGGGGAGGAGGGACGUCAUGAGGCCAGCGCCGAGGCAUGA